AUGAAUGGACAAGCCGAGCCCAGUAGACAGAUUCAGCAUCACAAAACGAGAGAAGAGAAGGUUAAAACUUUAAAGAAAUUGUCGAAACAAGAACCAACAAGUGAGAUUGCUGUCAAAAUUGCUUUUCUUGUUGAGUCCUUGAAUGAUUCGAAUCAUAUUACAGAAGAGAUAAUUAAAAAGUCCAAAGAAGGUGAACAGAAGUUGGAAGAUGGUUUGUUGCUAGUUAAACAAGCGCAACAGCGGUUGGAUCUGCUCUUGACGGAAAUUUCUGAUUGA